GAUCGCGUUCUUUGUGGUUGCUCACGCGCAACUCACGCGUGAUCAAUUGUUCGUUUAUUUGGAGUUCAGGCCUCCGAGUCAGAAUUCAACUUGCUACAUCUCAUCCCAAUGGCCAACAAACGAACGAAAGCAGUAGGUAGCCGUUCGGCUAAAAGAAUAAAGGUGACAGCCAAUAAUGUCUCGAAAGUCAAGACCAAUAAGGAUGCCCAACCGCUAAUUCAACCCCGCCACUUGCGUGGCCGGAGGGGUAGUCUUCGAGACAUGCCCGCAAUGCCCCUAGAUAUUCUGUUCGAGGUCUUUGUAUAUUUAGAACCCAUGGACUUACUGAAUCUCGCAAGGACUUCGAAACCUUUUAAACAGCUCCUCGUGGAUCGUACUGCGGCUCGUUUUUGGAGGGCCGCACGUGAGAAUAUAAAAGGUCUACCUGAUUGUCCUUCGUUCCUCAGUGAACCCGCGUAUGCCAAUCUGUGUUUCGACGCCCAUUGCCAUAACUGCCUGAAGCCGAAUAUUCAAACUGUACAUUGGGAAGUAAAGGCAAGGUAUUGCCAGCCCUGUAUGAACGAAGUGUAUUAUUGCUUUGUCUCUCCUGAAAGUAUUGACGCAUACGGAGAUAACCCCCUACCUGACCCUGACAAUCUUCUGGGGUGGGAUGUUCCAUAUUCUAUUCGCCGACACAAACUAUCCGUCAAGGCAAUAAUGGAAGCAUGGAGGCAAACCCCUGCGGAGAAUCGCGCAGAAUUUAGAAUUGAGUACACUGCUCGCAGAAAACAGCUUCUAGCCUUUGCGUCAGACUAUGAGAAGUGGUUCGAGAUGCGUAAGAAAGCUCGUAGCAAAGAGAUUGAAGAAACAAGGCAGGAUAGAUUCAACAGCGUAGAACAGCGCCUUCGCGAUCUUGGUUAUGGAGAAGACCUCGACUAUGCCUGUCGCCUGUAUCGGUCUGGCAUCCAUCCAUUAUUGAAGAUACCCAGGGUGGUGCAGGCUAGACCUUUGACCACUCGUGGUUGGAAGAACAUGGAAGCCGAGGUUCUCGGCGUAAUGGAUGGCAUAAGAGCAACUCGUCUGCAGAAAGAACGGUUGGCCGCAAUCACGCGCCGAAUUAAAAAGCUUGGGGAAGCCCUUGUUCCAUGGCGACGGACUGUUGGUCCAAUCACCCCUUACACCCAGGAACUCCUUCUCAUGCCAGAAGUCUCCUCUUUAAUUGACGCUCCCACAACUUCAGAACCGACUGAAGAAGAUUUCUCGACGCUAGAAAAAGGUUUUUACAAUUUCUCAAGCCAAUGGCGGAAUCGCGGAUGCUCCAAGCUUUCACAGAUGGUCCGCUCCAAAAUUGCCUUGCCUUCCGACGUCGACGUGUUCUCCUUGGCAGUAUCUCAGUACUUUUAUUGUGUCCGCUGUGCGAAAGUAAGGUACGGCUACGACUCGGAUGCUGCUACCUACCCUAAUAUUCUGGUCCAUCGAUGCUUGUGGGAGUCACGUUCAUUCCCCGCUCCCGAGGAUACCUACGAGGGCAUCAUAGCCCGCUUGGAAGGUGGUGUUCCACGUACUCUCGAUACGUUACAAAGCUUAGCGGAUAAAGCUCGACCAGUCAUUGAAGCUUGUGACCAGGAUCCAGCGCGAGUUACUGUCGACGAAAUGGAUGCUUUGGAUAUACGCCUUCGAUGCACCGGGAGCUGCCAAGAAGAUGGUGUCUAUACAGUUUAUACAUGGUGUGCUGCUAUUGAACAUACUAUAUGUGGCUACGAGUGUGGCACUGGCCAACCUUCCUGGGAGAAAGUCCCUUUGGAAUACCUUGCUGACGUCGCUACUCUGGAAGAAAUUGCAAGAUUGAAUCGAGAAGCUCGUAGAAUGGACUUUAUUGAACAUUGGUUCUGUUCACAUUGUCCGCGCACUUUCAACUUCAAAUGGUAUUCCUAUGCUAAGCGCACCAGAAGUUCCCUGGUAGAGCAUCUUAGAAAAGAGCAUGACAUCGACAAUCCCACUGAACUAGACAUGUAUUACGAUCCGCGGCAAUAUGAUCGCGUCAAACCGGUCUAUUUCAUUAGGAAAGGUUUAGACCUUAACCCCCAUCGUUUCCUUCGCGCGCAGACGGCAUCAAGGAUGGGAGAAGUCAAGUGGGUCGACGCAUCAUGGUUUGACUCUCUUCAGGCGUGAUGUGGCAAUAUUAUAGUACGGGCACCUGAACAUGUCAGAAGGAACCAUAGUAGGCUCUUGACUCAGGAGUCGCUUUUCUUGCCUUCUAACGUCUACUUAUUCAUAAUCAUGUCAUUUCAUACAAUUUCUUGUUACUUCCAAUUGAUUGAUGGCCAUAUUACACUGGGCAGUGUGCAAGCGUCGCAUUGAAUACUUUACUGUGCGGCGUGCGUACUUACAGUUACGUACUUAGAAGUUAGAACUGAAUACACUGAUGGCAUCAUG